GGCCCUCAGUAUUCAUUCUUUAUUCAUAAUUUAUUCAUAACGUACUUUUAUGUUUGCUCAGAAACCCGAGAAGGAAACCACCUGAGGGUGAAUUUAUACUAGGCCAUUGGAAAGCAGUUCACAUGAGAUUCUGAUAUUUCCCUAGUCUCAGAGGUCUUCAUCUCUGUCUUCUCCACAUUCUACCUCCUGGAGCCACAAGCGUUGGAAAUUGGUAUUAGAGAGGUUUGUUUUGUUUUGUUUUGUUUUAAAUUGAAUUUUGGAGCCUCAGUGUCCUCUUCUGGAUCCUGUUCGCCCCUACCCCCAACACACACACACACACACAAAUAAGUAAAAUCUUUUCAUUUGGGUUUCAUAGGGAAACACUGUUGAUUAUUAGUGAGCGGGUGGUAUUUGUGGGGCGUGUUCAUACAGCUUUAUUAAUAAAGUUCUAAGAGAACUUGGGUUGUAGCUCAGGACGAAGCACAUAACUACUGUAUUCCAGGCCCUGGGUUCACUCCCCACAGACAUAGAAAUGUGAGUCUUAUAUAAUAUGAAGCUGAGGAGGCUUUUUCAACUCAGAUGCCUGUGAUUUUGUGACUUGACUGUUAGCUUUCACAUUAACUUCAAGCUGUGCUUUGUAGUGACUUGAGGUCCAGGGUCUAUAACCUUGCUAAGUCCAGCAGAACAGACCUGUUCUUACUUGCUGUCUGUCUGUUCCUCUGUCCUAUCAUUGUCAGCAAUUGGAUGCGUUUUCUUGCUGAACUAACUCCCUUCUCUCUGCUUUUCCCUUUUUGGGGAGCUUCAUUUUUUUCUGUCUGCCAUGGAUUUCUGUUGUUAUAAUGACUUAAAUGAGUAUUGACCCAAGCAUUUUUGAUCCUUUGGAACUGUCUUUUACCUCUCUCUCUCAUGCGUGUGAUUUAAGGUGUUUGUUUGUUUUUGUUUCCUGGUAAAGAAGCGAGGCGUGACAAAGUUAUAAUCCACUUCCUUAGGAACUUUUGUGUUGGCGCUCUGUAUAGUUAAAAGAGUAAAUGAGUUUUAUGGCCUGUUGGGAAAAGCUAAUAAUUUACAACAGACUUUCUUUGGAAAGUAGAUCUCAAAUUCCAGGCAGCUGAUUUGCAAGCAUACCUUUGACUCCUAAGGCAUGGCUUUUUAAAUAGUUGACUAAGCCUGUGGCUUUGUUUUGGUUCCUCCAAGUUUGCCCUUGUUUGGUUUCAUGAAAUCGGAACCCAAAGCAAGGAUUCGAGUGCAGAGAUUUCCUCGGAGACUUCCAGAAUGGCUUUUAGACACAUUGGGUAAGAGCGGGCACCUGCCUGCGAGGACUUCAUACUCUCAGCUCCACCAUCUUCCCAUGGCAUUUUGACUGCGCUGAGCCCAAAGGACCAGCUCUUCACAAUGAGUGACGAGAAGAACCUCGGUGUGUCUCAAAAGUUGGUUUCACCUUCAAGAAGCACAAGUAGUUGCUCCUCCAAGCAAGGAAGCCGGCAGGACAGCUGGGAAGUCGUGGAAGGAUUGAGAGGGGAGAUGACUUACACCCAGGAGCCGCCUGUGCAGAAAGGAUUUUUGCUGAAAAAGAGGAAGUGGCCCUUAAAAGGCUGGCACAAGAGAUUCUUCUGCCUGGAAAAGGGAAUCUUGAAAUAUGGCAAGAGCCAAACUGAUAUUGAGAGGGAGAAGUUGCAUGGCUGCAUUGACGUGGGGCUCUCCGUGAUGUCUGUGAAGAAGUCGUCUAAGUGUAUCGACCUAGACACUGAAGAGCACAUCUACCACCUGAAGGUGAAGUCAGAAGAACUCUUUGACGAGUGGGUGUCCAAGCUCCGUCACCACAGAAUGUACCGGCAGAAUGAGAUCGCCAUGUUUCCCCGGGAUGUCAAUCACUUUUUCUCAGGGUCCUCUGUCACAGAUUCUGCCCCAGGAGUGUUCGAGUCAGUUUCCAGUAGGAAGCGUAGCAGUCUAUCAAAGCAGAAUUCAUUUCCACCCGGAAGCAAUUUGUCAUUUUCUUGUGGUGGCGACACUCGAGUUCCUUUCUGGCUGCAGUCUUCAGAGGACAUGGAAAAAUGCUCAAAAGACCUGGCACACUGCCAUGCCUACCUGCUGGAAAUGAGCCAGCUCUUAGAAAGCAUGGACGUCCUGCAUCGGACAUACUCGGCACCAGCCAUCAACGCCAUCCAGGGUGGAGCUUUUGAAAGUCCCAAAAAGGAAAAACGACCACACAGGAGGUGGCGGUCCAGAGCUAUUGGCAAAGAUGCUAAAGGAACGCUGCAGGUCCCUAAGCCUUUUUCUGGCCCUGUGAGACUACACUCCUCCAAUCCUAACUUGUCAACACUGGACUUUGGAGAAGAGAAGUCUUACUCGGAUGGUUCUGAAGCCUCGUCAGAGUUCUCCAAGAUGCAGGAGGAUCUGUGCCAUGUCGCCCACAAAGUUUACUUCGCUUUAAGGUCGGCUUUCAAUAGCAUAUCGGUGGAGAGAGAGAAGCUGAGGCAGCUGAUGGAGCUGGACACCGCCCCCUCCCCCUCCGCUCAGGUCGUCGGGCUGAAGCACGCUCUGUCAUCCGCCCUAGCACAAAACACAGAUCUUAAAGAACGCUUACGCAGAAUCCAUGCGGAAUCUCUGCUCCUCGACCCGCCUGCUGUUCCCAAGCCGGGGGACAACCUGGCAGAGGAAAACUCCAGGGAUGAGGGCCGAGCCCUGGUGCACCAGCUCUCCAAUGAGAGCAGGCUGUCCAUCACAGACUCCCUUUCCGAGUUCUUCGAUGCCCAGGAAGUUCUGCUGUCUCCUAGCUCUUCAGAAAACGAGAUUUCUGAUGAUGAUUCAUAUGUCAGUGACAUAAGUGAUAAUCUGUCCUUAGACAACCUCAGUAAUGAUUUAGACAAUGAAAGACAGACCUUGGGGCCCGUUCUCGAGAGUAGUGGCGAAGCCAGAUCCAAAAGGAGGACCAGUCUGCCGGCACCAGGUCCCAACACCAGUAGCGUUAGCUUGUGGAGCAUCCUGCGCAACAACAUUGGGAAGGACCUGUCCAAGGUGGCCAUGCCGGUGGAGCUGAACGAGCCCCUGAACACGCUACAGCGGCUCUGCGAGGAGCUGGAAUACAGCGAGCUUCUGGACAAGGCCGCACGCAUCCCCAGUCCCCUGGAGAGGAUGGUGUACGUAGCAGCCUUCGCCAUCUCCGCAUAUGCAUCCAGCUACUUCCGAGCAGGCAGCAAGCCGUUUAACCCGGUCCUUGGAGAAACGUACGAAUGCAUCCGGCAGGACAAGGGUUUCCAGUUUUUUGCCGAGCAGGUCAGCCACCACCCACCUAUCUCCGCCUGCCACGCCGAGUCCGGAAACUUUGUUUUCUGGCAAGAUGUGAGAUGGAAAAAUAAAUUCUGGGGUAAAUCCAUGGAAAUUGUCCCGAUUGGCACAACCCACGUGACUCUGCCUGCUUUUGGAGAUCACUUUGAGUGGAACAAAGUAACCUCCUGCAUCCACAACAUCUUGAGUGGACAGCGAUGGAUCGAGCACUAUGGCGAAAUUGACAUCAAGAACCUGAAUGAUGACUCCUGCCACUGCAAAGUGAACUUCAUAAAGGCUAAGUACUGGAGCACUAAUGCCCAUGAGAUCGAAGGCACAGUGUUUGACCGAAGUGGGAAGGCUGUGCACCGGCUGUUUGGGAAAUGGCACGAGAGCAUCUACUGUGGCGGCGCCUCCUCCUCCACGUGCGUCUGGAGAGCAAAUCCCAUGCCGAAAGGCUAUGAGCAGUAUUACGGCUUCACACAGUUUGCAUUAGAGUUAAAUGAAAUGGAUCCUUUGUCGAGGUCUUUAUUACCACCCACCGACACUCGGUUUAGACCAGAUCAAAGGCUUCUAGAAGAAGGGAACAUAGAGGAGGCAGAGGUUCAGAAGCAGAGGAUUGAGAAGCUGCAGAGAGAGAGGCGGAGGGUCUUAGAGGAGAACGGUGUGGAGCACCAGCCCCGGUUUUUCAGGAAAUCCAGUGACGAUGCUUGGGUAAGCAAUGGGACCUACCUGGAACUGAGGAAAGACCUUGGCUUUUCCAAGCUGGACCAUCCCGUCUUAUGGUGAAAUGUAAAAGAGAAGGAGAUUUCCUGUACUUUGUCCACAUUUGCUUCUGGAAGCAGCGCACAGCUGUCUGUCUGUUUAAAAGAUAGCAUCUAGAAUGAUCACUUGUGCUUAGCGUAGCAUUGUAAGCACUGAAGUAUACGUUUUCUUCAGUAAGUCUCUUUAAAAUUUCAAGUGUUAUGAUUGUUUAUAUGAAUGUAGAACACCUCGGUAUUUCUUUUUAUAUAUAUAAACUAUUUAAUAAAAAUGAAAGAUUGAAUGUUAAUGUGUGGGUUACAAAAAAAAAACAUUUAACACUAAUUUUCCAGAGGUAAGGGGGAAAAUUCAAAUUUAUGCCUUAUAAAAUCACACUGGAAAAAAUAUGUCCCGGGUGCAUUAAGAAAUAAUAACACCCAGAGAUACUCGCCCAUGCAUAGCUACCCAGGGUUAAUUGGUAGCUGGGAUAUCUUUUCGCCUCAGACAGCUCUUCGAUUGCUCAUACAGAACAAUUCUGCCGGUGCUGAAGUACCAAGAAUGUUUUCAUUUGCGUUUUCCUGGUUAAGAAAUCUGUAUAAAUUUAGUGAGAUGCAUAUUCUUUAUAUAAGGUGGGCACCAAGCAACCAAAAGGGGGAACUUCCCUCCCUUUACUUCUGUUGCCUUGUGUAUAAAGCUGCCCCCAGCUUGCCUAGAGAUGCUGCCUUCAUCAGAGAAGACUCCAUUAAUUCAGUGUCCCAAGAGUGUCCCAGGGAGGCAGCAGGCGUUUCGUCUUUCCUCAGUAAGAGCUGAAUCCUUAAAAUUUUAAGAAACUACUUUCAGCUUCCUGCCCCACCCCUGGCUUGCCAGCCCUCUCUUUGGCCCCUAUUGAGGAUGAAAUGUCUCUCCUUUAGUAUAAACAGUAACAGCCCAUGGCAGUGUGACCUUCUAAACUUCAGCGAAGUCACUGGUGGCUUUAAAUAACCCAGCAUUGUUCCUCCACACGGCUUUGGUACUCUCUACCUCUUACCGAGCACCGCCCUUUUUGACCUUGUAUAGCCAGUUUGACCAUCUGCCUUAUAGACAAACGUUGCUGUUCUUCUGUGUCGUCCUCUUGAGAAAGCUGCAAGGGUUUACCUCUUUCCUUGACUCUCUUCUUAUUUGUAAUACUCUGAGUUCUGCAUCUGUCUCAGGCAGGAGCUACCAAAGGGAAACUGCUGUUCUUAUAAGUGUCUUACUUUAAAUCAUGAUAAUAGAAUGUGCACAGUAGCUGAAUCGUGUUAUCAAAACAACUCUGACUUCGCCCAGAGCACAUUAAAACCAAAGUCUGAUUGUUAAGCCUUUGACUCGGAUGUCUAUAGCAGUUCUAUGAAACAUUGCGUGUCAUGAUAGGGUAAAGAGAUUUCUAUAGAAAGAAUGGGGGGGGGGCAGUGAGAUCGGCUCAGCAGGCACAGGCACUUAUUGUAUGAACCUGGCACUGGGUCCAGUCUCCAGGACCCACCUAAAAGAUAGAAGGAGAGAGCCAACGCCACAGAGCUGACCUGUGUCACACCAGAUAACCAACCGCACAGCUGAAGUUUUCACAGUGGAGUGUUGAAGGUGAAUCAGUCGUCUUUGGAGUCUACCAGUGUCUGUCAUUUUAAGCAACUCAUUAAAUAUUGGUUCAUUUUUUUCCAUGUCGUGGAGACACCGAGAUGAACGCAGCAUGAAUCUCAUUUCCAUUUCUAAGCAGCUGGGUGGUGCGGCCAAUUCUUUAGUUCCUGUUUUGUUUUGUUUUUUUUUUUCCUUUUCAAGCGCUAUCCACAUCUGACCACAGGCUGGAGAUGUAAGGAGGGAUCUCAGCAGGGAAACAAACCCGAGAGGACACGUGGGAUUUCAGUAAUACUGGCUGUGAAGUAGGCCUGCUCGAGAGGCUGCCCCAAAGGAGAAGGAAAAUGACCAAAAAAAUCCCACAAAAUCGAGAAUGUAUCCCCAGAAUCAGUUCAGCCAGUUGUUUGAACAUUCUUAAAGUAUCUCAUGAUAUAAUUUCUGUUGAGUUCAAGCUUUAAUUUGGAUCCACACCAACAGCUGACCCAAAUGUUUCCUCUGUAGUCAUCUUAUUUGAAUCAGGGAGAAGCAUGAACAAAAAAUAUGUUCCAGAACCAUGUGCAAGCUCUGUAACUCACUGCCCGUGUCUGGAUAAAGGGCUUUCGGAAAUGCAGAUGGUCAGGAGGUACAUGCUGCUAUGUGAAUCUUAAAACUCCCUGCUGGAGGGAGGAGGCUGCUACAUUCCUCUCGUUCUGUCUCACACACUCUUCCUCCGAGUUUGUGUGUCUAGAACUUGGAUGUUUCCAUAAGGAAAACAGAACUGCGGUAUUGUUUCGAGAAGAAUUAAGUAAAGUUUAAUCUUUCUGAACUCCUGACUUACGCCAGGACACAAUGCCAAUCGCCGCACCAUUUGAUGUGCAUGUUUCAGCCCCUUUCAUUCUAAUUAUCCUAUUUCAAGUUUAUGGUAAGUCACAGAUGUUCUCCCAGUAGCAGGACCUUGUGCUAACCACAAACUGCACCUUCUCAGUACUCACAACUCCGAUCUGCAAGGUAUCAUUAAGGAAUGAGUAUCUUCAGUGUAGCAAAGGAGUAGUGCAGUUUCCUCCACAGGCCCUGUUGUAAUAAAAGCCUCAGUGCAGCUUCUUCCUGCAGUUCACAUAUUGAUGCUAGGAUGUUCCUGGUACUAACUAAGCAUUGGCAGUUCACCUCCAAGACACCAGGGGGAGUCAGGUACUAAGUAAAGAGAUGCAGUUCACAUCCCAGACACCAGGGGGAGUCAGGUACUAACUAAAGAGAUGCAGUUCACUUCCCAGACACCAGAGGGAAUCUGGUACUAAUUAAAGAGAUGGAUGCAGUGUGCUUUUUGAGACACUAGGGGGAGCCUGGUAUUAACUAAACAGAUUGCCAUUCAACAGACUCAGGAGGGUUCUUGUACUAAACAGAUGGGGGUUCACUCUAGGUCAUAAAUACAAUUACCUACUAAGUAGCAAGAAUGCCUCAGCAAUCCCCAAGCCUUCUAGUGCCUCUGGGGGCUUCCUGAUGGAAAACUACACAAACUGAGUUUUCUAAAUGUUAACUCCAUUUAGGCUUCUGUUUUCCUCAUAUCCUAUUUUUAAUUACUUCCAAUAAAUCAUUUGCUCAGCCUUCUAGCACUGUCUUCCUUUGUAUUUGCCAGAUUUAUGAUGCAUUGUUUCAGUCUAUCCUUAAAGAAGUCAAGCCAAAAAUAGAGGUGAGGGCUACUUUGCUUCUUAAUGUAGGCCUACUGUGCACAUCACACGCUCUCUCUGAGGGACUGUAGCUGUUAGAUACUGUCCUCACACCCUCGGGCUACCAGCCAGGGCUCUAAGUUGCUCUCGUGAUCUUAGUUAGAAAUACAGGCUACAGUGUUUGGUCAGAAUUUAUUCGAAUGUCUUUAUUUUUAAUACCAACAUCAGCAUAAAUCUAUUUUUGCUAGUAGAUCAAAGCUAUUUUCACACGCUCUGUUUUCUAUCUUGUAUCGAUCCUGCGAAUCAGUGAUUAUCUUUGUUGAAAACCUUAUCAAAUGUGUCUGCAAAUCAAGGUGGUCUAAAGUGCAAGCCAGUUUUUUGUUUGCUUGUUUUUGAAACUGGGUUUAGGGGAUACAGUUGUCAGAAGUGACUCAUUCGCUUCAUUUGUGAUGAUUUUUUUUUUUACUUCCUCUGUUAGCCCACAGGAUAUGCUUUGGGGAAAAUGAUACUUGUAAAUCUUCUAUUUAACCAUUUGUAAAAUCUAAAUCGUACCCCACUCCCCACUCCCAUUUCACUUCUCCAGCGGCUCCUUUUAGUUUGUUGUCUCGCCCUGCUAUGUAGCUCACUGACUGAGAAUAAAGAAUACAGCAAAGGC